AUUUUGUGUUUGAAAAGUUUUUGGCAAAAAAACAAGAAUUAAUGCAAUGCAUCGUAACAAGAAAACAUUUUGAACAAACAAGAUGGCGCUACCUAUGUUACGACGAUGUUGCGGAUGUCUCUCUUUAGAGACAGGAUGUCUCAUGCUUUGCGUUAUUUCUAUUUUAUUCUGCAUAGCAUACAUAGUGAUGGGCGCGUGGAAUCUACCUCGACACAGGCUAAGAGAUAGGGAAGAUAACCUCAUCUCAAUGACUAUGAUCAUGUUUUCCGCUCUCUCGGGCAUCAGCAACCUUAUUGUGUUGGCAGGCAUGGGAUUUAAACGUCCAGAAUUCCUCCAGCUCUCGAUCUUGUUCAACUCUUUCUUUAUCCUGUGUCUGUUCCUGGUGGCUGCAGUGACGUGUCUCUUUAGCAGCGAGCUAAGACCGCAUCUUGACAGCCCUGAGCACAUCACUGCUGUUGUCUUCUUGUUUAUUGCUGGAGCUGGCUAUUCUCUAUACUAUUUGACAGUUGUGAACAGUUUGUACAGGAAAAUGAAAGAAUCUUACGACGAUACAGUGCUGCCAAAACAAAGAACAAAUCGGAUAAAUAGUGAUUUUUAAUUUACACCUUAUAUUUAUAAUUCAAAGUUAGAUUAAGUUGGUUUA